AUGAGGAACUACUCAAUAUUGACACCUUUCUUUUACAUCUUCUUCCUCCUUUUCAUCUUUCUCCAUAUCACAUUUACUACUUCUACACCCCCUUACAUAGCUGUUGAUAAUAUUACCCUCGACUGUGGCUCUUUUGGCAACUCAAAGGCUACCGAUGAGCGUGACUGGAUCGGAGACAUAGGUUCCAAGUAUAGUCCCAUAAAACAAAACAACAAAUCUAAUUCCUCUGAAGCCCAACGCCCAGUAUCCAAUGAGUCUAUCCCCUACAGGACAGCCCGGUUUUCUUAUUCCCAAUUCACAUGUGUUUUUCUGGUCACACCUGGCCCGAAAUUUGUUCGUUUGGACUUUCACUCAGCUGCAUACUCAGGUUUUACCAAGUCUAAAGACUUUUUUACUGUCAAAGCGGGUUCGUUCACCUUACUUAGAAACUUCAGCUCUUCCAUUUAUACUGAUUCUUCAGAUGAAAAGUAUUUUUUUAAAGAGUUCUGCAUCAAUGUUGAAAAAAAUAAAAAAUUGAAAUUAACCUUCAUUCCUUUUGCAAGUGGUUCUAUGAGCUACUAUGCUUUCAUUAAUGGUAUUGAGGUUGUCUCCAUGCCUACGGACAUGUACUAUACCUCAAGUAGUUCUAUUAUAGAAGGUAAAGUUCCUGUUUAUGUUGGCCGGUCUCCUCAGUUCUACAUAAACUACAGCAUGGCACUCGAGAUGGUCUAUCGAUUAAGCAUUGGUGGGAGCUCCAUACCACCAAUGCAAGACACUGGAAUGUUUAGAAAAUGGUCUGAGGGCAUGACUGAUUAUUUGUUGAGCAACGGUACAAGCCCUCGUGAUCCAUCUUUGAAACUCAAAUACUCAAAAAUACCAAAAUACAUUGCACCUGGGACUAGGGACUCGAUGUCUAAUUUGACAUGGGGAUUACCUGUUGAGACGAGAUUCAAUUAUCGGGUGAGGCUCCAUUUCUGUGAAAUAGAUCUUGGGAUACACUUCUCUGGCACAAGGGAAUUCACCAUCUAUAUAGACUAUCAGCUAGCAGAAGAAACGGCAGAUGUAAUAUUGUGGGCUGACGAUAACAAUACGUCAUACUACAAGGACUACGUAGUAAUGAUCCAAAACAAGGGCGAGGACAGUCAUACUCUGGCCAUUGAUCUACACCCUAGAACAGAUGCAACUUUAAGCGAUGCUAUUUUAAACGGUGUGGAAGUGUUCAAAUUGGGCGACCUAUCUGGCAAUCUUGCUGGACUAAAUAUGGUCCCUCCACUGAUGGAUUAA